ACUAUCAUGUAGUGUAUUAUGUAAACCUCUGAUGAACAAGUACAAUAGUAAUUUUUAGCUAUGACAACUGAAUACUAUAUCAGUAUUAUGUUCCUUGUUUCAGAGCAAUGUCUGGCAGAAGAACCAGAGAUGCUGUAAAAGAAACACUAAAAGCUGGUGGUUUUCCUGCUGACACCUUAUCUGUUAUUGCUGGUUUGUCCAAUGAUUAUGGUGAUUAUGUUGCAACAUAUGAAGAAUACCAGAUUCAGAGGUAUGAAGGGGCAUCUACUAUUUUUGGUCCUCGGACCCUUGAUGGAUACAUCCAGAAUUUCAAGAUUCUCGCAGAAAAUAUGACUAAGGUUAGUUAGGAAAAUGUAGUUAUUCAAAACUAGACGAAUUUGAAAGAGAAAUGAUGAUCCUACAACUUAUCUCUAUUCUGAAUUUCAAGCAUCCUGCUGGGGAUAUGCAGUCCUUCUGCCAGGUGCCCCUGUGCCUGGCAGAAUUUAAAUUUUGAGUGAAAGUCCUUGUCCAUCUGUGAUAUUUGUAUUUUUGCAUGGUUCUUUACACUGUUUUUAUUUCAAUCUUGAAUUCUUAUAUUGAUGUUGAUCAUCACUUUAUUUGUUUGCAUUACCAUAGUUUGACACCCAAUAGCCGAUGUAUUUUUCGUGCUGGGGUGUCAUUAAACAUUCAUUCAUUCAUUCAUUCUGCCAGGUGCAGUAGGAUGUAGGUCAGUAGUUCAGCUCUGGUUGGGGGCUUUCUGUCCCCUUUUCCCCAAGACUGGUACAUCAAAGGAU